CUGGAAGAGCAUCUUUCAAGUACCAACAGCGUUUCUGAAUCAAACAUUUAUUGUACAGUGAAGCCAAAGGCAGCAUGCGACAAGAAGCACCUAUGCAGAUGGCUGCUACACAGGAUGGUAAAUAUGGCCAGAAGGAGAGCUCUGACCAGAACUUUGACUACAUGUUCAAGCUGCUGAUCAUCGGGAACAGCAGUGUGGGGAAGACGUCCUUCCUUUUCCGCUAUGCUGAUGACUCCUUCACCUCCGCCUUUGUCAGCACCGUGGGUAUCGAUUUCAAAGUCAAAACCGUCUAUAAGAAUGAUAAGAGGAUCAAACUGCAGAUAUGGGACACAGCCGGGCAGGAGCGCUACAGGACCAUCACGACAGCGUACUAUCGUGGCGCCAUGGGCUUCAUCCUGAUGUAUGACAUCACCAAUGAAGAAUCCUUUGGCGCGGUCCAGGACUGGUCAACCCAGAUUAAGACCUACUCCUGGGACAAUGCCCAGGUGAUCCUGGCAGGGAACAAAUGUGACAUGGAGGAGGAGAGGGUGGUGUCCGUGGACAGCGGCAGGCUGCUGGCGGAGCAGCUGGGGUUUGAGUUCUUUGAGACAAGCGCCAAGGACAACAUCAAUGUCAAGCAGACCUUCGAGCGCCUGGUGGACAUCAUCUGCGACAAGAUGUCGGAGAGUUUAGAGACUGACCCCGCCGUCACCACGGGAACCCCGAACGCCAGACUAACCGACAACCCCCCACCUCUACAGCAACCCAACUGCGGCUGUUAGUGGGCACCAGGUGGCGCUAUCCCAGACGUGUGCUAUUGCCAAGAUAUUAAAAACCCUAGGUAUAGUCUUACAAAUUUUAAUUUAUUAUCUCCAUAUCUCACUUUCACAAAUAAAACUAUUCUGAUGUAACGUGCCUGGUACGUUUUGUCUCUGCAGGUUUAUUAUUUUUUAUUUUUAGUUUUAACAUAUGUAGUGCAACACUGCAGCCUUGUAGUACAUCCUGUAUGUAGCCUUGCCAAAUCCUUCUACAGCCCUGCAUUAUGGAGCUUUUAUUUCCCUUUUGCUUCCACCACUGAUUUCAGCGAGUCGGUGGAUAGAAAUUAAUACUGCAUGAGUUUGUCCCCUCGUACCCCCCCUUCCACGAGUCACAGGUGAUGGCUCAUUUGCACAGGUGUGCAGUAGCUUGACCCAGGGGGCUGCUUCGCAGGGAAAACACACGCAAGCGAGAGCACCCGGUGGUGGUGACACACGGACGAUAGGCUUGAUGCACAGCUAAACUGAACGCGCAGGGACUUCCCGAUGCUCUCAGUCUGCAUGAAUAGACCAACCUUUUUCCUGCCCCACCUCCAUUACAUUUAACAGUUAUAUGUUACAUAUGCCAAGAAAUAAAGAAAUGGCACCUCUGCUUGGACAUUCAAAUACAAAGCCAGAUCUAGUCAUUCAAAAGCACCUUUAGCGAGGAAAACAAUGGUGAUUACUUCUUUCAUGCACGUGUGCCUCUGUUCAGCCUAAAUGUAGUGAGUUUUAGUCCUUCUUCUAAGCAAAUGGUACUUCUUUUAAGUCUCAGACAACAUGAGUUUUGUGGUGCCUGAAAGUAAUGAAAGAUCAUGUCUAUGAAAUGAAAACAGCUUUGCUUUAAUUGACAACUGAAUUUUAAGUACUUUUAGAGCAUUGGUGGUUAGACUGACCUCUGCUUUAUAGAUGCUUAUGGAAGGUUAAUGGUUGUUUUAUGCAGGAUCCUACAUUAAACUUUUAAACUGUUUCAUAUAUAUCCUCUGAUUUCACAAAGGAAAUGUUAAAUAUACCAAAAUUCAAAAUGGCAACACACUGGUACACCACCCAUGUUCAAAGCCAUUAAUUGAGUGUGAUCAAAACUGUUCAUUUCCAUUGACAUCUCUAUUUCUUUGAAAUCUUCAUAUUGAAAAUUAUGCUACACAGGGAAAACAUGUUGGAAAAUAUGUGCAUUGUUUAUUAUCAGUGUAGUUUUUAUAAUUCUUUAUUUUUGGACAGACAUCCAUUUGUCAUAUUUGUUAGGAUACACCAGGCAAGAUAUUGUAUUUGUAUAGGAUAUGACUAUGCUAUGGCUGACUAAUUGAGAUGAACUGUUCAGCUCCGUAUUUAGUGUGGAAUAUUGUCUAUGUGUGUGUGUGUGUGUGUGUGCGCGUGUGUGUGUGUGUGCGCAUGCUCGUACACACGCGUGUGUGGGUAUGUUGGUGCCACCAUCAAUUUAACUGUACCUUAAAAGAUAAACUACCUUACAAAAUGUGUGGCCUUUCAGCAUUCUCCAUAUUUGAUUAUCCUCAUUGGUGUUUUGCUUCAUUGUUAGAGAAUAUGGUACUGCAUGAUUGUAGACUAUACACUAUACGAAUAUGUGUGCGUGAGUGCGCUUGUCUGACUGUGCUUUUGGUUUUUGUCUUUAAAUCAGUGAACUCAAAUCAACUCCUAUUUGUUAGAAAUCCCAAAUGGAAGUGCUUUCUGGAUAUUGCAUAAAUGUUCUGUGGCUGGCAUACCGUAUGAAGGCAAUGCACAUGGAAAGGUCUCGGGCAACUAUUUUUGUAGAAGGAAUGAGUCAAGACAUCAAUAUUUUAUCCCUCUAACCAGAUAUAACGUCUGCAUUGUGCAAAUACUGCGGGUUUAUAUUACCAAGAAAUAGUCUGUCUGCUCUCUCCUCACUGAAUGAAGCCCUUUAGCUUUUUAAUAAAAGAGAAUGUGAAGUUCAUUUAUUUACCUGCUUCUCUUACAGGUUUGCAAUGUCUGAUUCUUUCAUCAAUUUUCCAUUUAACAUUUCCUUGACGUAACGGCUUUUCUAGAUCAACCAGAAAACUUUUAAACAUGAGAUUCAAUUGUGCCAAAAGUAUUCCACUGUAGAAAAUAAGAAUGGUGUUUUAGGCCUCGUCAGGUGAUUGUGUAAGUAGAAACUGAGUAGAAAUAAUCUGAGAAAUCUAGAUGCUGCAUGAAAUAGUGAGUGAUCUGUCUUUUUUUUAUAUAUCUAUAUUGUUUGUUUGAUUUGUGCACGCUCAAAUUUAGUUUUGAGGUGCAAUGGGCCAAAAAGUGCAAUAUUUUAAUACCUAUUUCUUGUAUAUAGUCAUCUGUUCCCAUGUAUACCUAUCAUAGCUGAGUGACUGUGAUCAGAUUCAGGCAACGUCAGUAGCAGUAAAAGUCCUCUUGCAAAUUUCCGAUGCUGCAUUUGCACACUGUAAAUACUGCAAAAGAGCAAGUGCUUCUCUCCCAGUGCUAAAGUAGGCAUUUGGGAAAGAGACUGCAUUUUCAAAAAAAUUGCACAAGACUUAAGAAAAAACCUGAUGCAUGAAUGAAUGCAAGAGAUGCAAGAGAAUUCACAUUCAUAUAUUAUU